AUGAUGAUAAUGAUAGUGAAUGGUGAUGAUGAUGACAAUAAUUAUGAUAAUGAUGGUGAUGAUGAUGAUGAUAAUUCUGAUAAUGAUGAUGAUGGUGAUGAUGAUGAUGAUGAUAAUUGUGAUAAUGAUGAUGACGAUGAUAAUUGUGAUGACGAUGAUGAUGAUGAUAAUUGUGAUAAUGAUGAUGAUGGUGAUGGUGAUGAUGACAAUAAUUAUGAUAAUGAUGGUGAUGAUGAUGAUGAUAAUUGUGGUGAUGAUGAUGAUGGUGAUGAUGAUAAUUGUGAUGUUGAUGACGAUGAUGAUGAUGAUAAUUAUGAUAAUGAUUGCAAUUAUCUUUUCUUCGAAGAUAUGUUGUUUAUAGAAAUUUUUUUGCAAAAUUUCCCAGCACAAAAAAACUAA